GCCCCGCGCCGUAGCCCGCGGCAACGCGCCCACCGUGCCAUAGAGCUGGACCUCCUUGCUUCGCAGAGCGGCCCUGUGGGGCAGCUCUGCUUGCUCUCAAGAUGGGCGCUGUGCCGACCCAUUUUGGGGCACAUGUCUGUGCAGCGUAACUAUCGUGGAGACUCCCCCACGGACUCGGGGAAGGACAUCCUGGAGAUCCCCUUGCCGCCCUGGCAGGAGCGCCAGGAUGAACCGCUGGAGACCAAGCGAGCCCGACUGCUGUACGAGAGCAGGAAGAGGGGCAUGCUGGAGAACUGCAUCCUUCUCAGCCUCUUUGCAAAGGAGAACUUAAACCGCAUGAGCGAACGGCAGCUGAACCUCUAUGACCGGCUCAUCAAUGAGCCCAGCAAUGACUGGGACAUUUACUACUGGGCAACAGAAGCGAAACCCACGCCGGCUGUAUUUGAGAAUGACGUUAUGGUCAUGCUGAGGGAGUUUGCCAAGAACAAGAACAAGGAGCAGAGGCUGCGACAGCCAGACCUGGAGUAUCUCUUUGAGUCAUCGCAAUGAUGGGGCGGCUGCCUUCUCUCUCCUCAUCAAUUUGAGCUGUUCAGUGCCACUGAGGGUCUCUGUGGCAAUCUCAGUGGUACUGCCCUCCCCUAUCGCGCUUCUCCUCUGGCAGAGACUGCUCUAUCAGACUCUCAGGGCACAGCAAAUAAAGGUAUGACUGCUA